AUGUCCAUCAUGAACGGCCAUCAAGCCUGGCCUCCUUCGCAGCAGCACCAGCUCAAUGGGAACCGCUCGUUCCACUACUCCGACGAUGCCCCUGCGCCAUCGACCGACUCCCUUGAUAACCCCCCGGCAUCCCUUCCCGAGCCCCCAGAUGCCGACGAUGACCGCCAACGAUCCCGCUUCGACGAACUGUUUCGCCGGAGCGACGCGCGUCUUGCGCAUUUGUUCACCGUCGACGGCUCAUAUAAUCGGGAUGCCAUAGACUCGUUGCGGCGGCCUGCGAACCUCUCCGCACGCUUACCACCGACCACCGACCACGCCCCUAUCGAGGAACGCCCUGCCAAGAGAGUCAAGAGAGUUAUCGAUGAAGACGACUAUGGCGACGAGGACGACGAGGAAGAUGACGAAACAGAAGAACAGCGUCCCAACGCGGGCGUUGCCGUCUCCCCCCUAAAACACAAGACGUCUUCUGCGUCGAAGGGCCUCUUGUCACCCUCCAAGUCCGGAAGCUCCCCGGUCCCGUCCGUUAAUUCGCCCGACAAGCUGCUCGACAAGGCGCGAGAAGAUGGUUCGCAAGACUCGCAAGCGUCGCGUGCGCAAGCCAACAACUCCGAAGACGCGCGAAAGCAGCUUGAGGAAGCUCGGAAAGACACCGAGGAAGCCGCCAAGCGCAGCUUCCAUACCAUCAUCUACACCCUUGAGAAUGACCAUGCCGCAAUGCUGGAGCAGCAACAGCUGGAGGAGUCGGAGAAGGUGCUAGAAGCCGAAAUCGACAAUACGAAUACGACCAGCACGAGUGGUGGCCCUGCCGGCGAAAAUCAUGGAUCGCUUAGCAGCGCGAACCUGGGCGCGUCCAGCUUGACCCUCAAGCACCUCAUCGCGCGCAUCGAUAUGAAACGAGAUAUGGUGCGCGCAUCGGAUGCCGAAUUGCGCUCGCUGAUGAACGAAGUGCGCAAGAACCGAAGCAAGUGGGCCAGUGAGGAGAAUGUCAACCAGGAAGACCUCUACGAAGCGCUGGAUAAGGUCUUGACAGAACUGAAAGCGCACACCGAAUACUCAACGCCGUUCCUUCAGAGGGUGAACAAGAGGGACGCCCCUGACUACUAUAAUUUCAUUAAGCAACCGAUGGAUCUUGGCAGCAUGACCAAGAAGCUGAAGUCGCUGACCUACAAAUCCAAGGCGGAUUUCGUCGCGGACCUUAAUUUGAUCUGGGAUAACUGUCUGAGAUACAACCAGGAUAUGAGCCACCCUCUGAGGCGGAUGGCCAACGGCAUGCGCAAGGAGGCCGAAAAGCUCAUCCCUCUGAUCCCAGAUCUUGUCAUCCGACCACGUGCUGAGGUCGAAGCCGAAGAGCGGAGGAAGCAGAACGGCGGCGAUGACGAUGGCGGUGAUGAUUCGGACGACGAGCCGAUCAUGUCGUCUCGCGGCCGCAUCGCCGGCGGGGCGAAAGGAACCAAGUCGAGGAAAGCGCCUACGGACCAGAAAGAGGGCACGCCCACUUUGGAGCAGAAACCAGCUUUUCAGCUGAACGGCCUGCUGGCAAAGGCUCAUCGGGAGGGCUCUGAGCUCGACGCAAGCAAUGGGUUCGCAACACCGGCAGUUGGUGGCUCGAUGACUCCCGGUGGCGUCAACGGACAUUCAGGCAUGGCAAGCAACGGCGACGCCAUGGACAUUGAUGGCCCAUCUUUGAACGGCUUGGCACUGGGUCAGGCUCUGAACGAAGCUGCCCAGCAGGCAUACGAGGACGAUGAGUACAAAAUCUGGAAACAGGUCACCAAGAAAGACCGUGCGUUAGUCGCCAAGGAGCGGUUCCAGCUCUUCAGUGGCAACAAGCUGAACGUCGACGAGCCUGCCUUGCUCCGAACCAAGGCGGGCAUGCGCCGAUUUCUGCGCGGCCAACAGCAGGCAGAAGCCAUCGGCGCUACGGGUCACGCACAAGACGAGACGUCAGCCGCUGCUGCCAAGGAAGCUGCGAAGGCGACCGAGACUUUGGCAGAGGGCAUGGAAGUGGACGAAGAGAAGGUGAUCCCGGACUACUACGAACCUCAGAGCCUAGUCCCGGAUAUUUCACCGAAGCUUCAGUGGGUCGAGGACAGCGAAGGUCAAGUCAUCAACCAUCAUGAAGAGUUCCUUCGCACCUUGCCUUCGGGCAUUUUUGCUGCUCCCGAGGGCCAUCUCUCCCGAAGAUUCGACGCCAACCUCAGGCAGAUGCAGGAGACGCGAAAGGUUGUAUCGAAGAUAGGGGUUAUCAAACAGAUGCAGCUCCAAACACAGGUCUACGCCAACCAAUUCCCCAAGUACAACCCUGACCCCUUCCACGAAGUCGAGGUCGAGCCGCACGUUACUUGCGGUGAUAACAUUGUCAUGGCACCGAAACUCUGCAGGGCGGCGAUGCAACGAACGGUUGCUAAAAUCUUCUACCAUGCUGGUUUCGAGGAGUUCCAGCCAUCUGCGCUAGAUACUAUCACUGACAUCGCUUCCGACUACUUUGGCAAGUUCGUGCAGACAUUCAGCGCCUAUACCGAGAUAGAGAAGAAAGACGCCUCUGCACUCAAUCAACAGAAGGGAGCUACAGUCGAGCCCCGCUACAGCAAAGAGGAAGCCAUUCUCCACACCCUCAACGAGAACGGGUACACGAUCGAGUCACUGGAGAGCUACGCCAAGGACGAGGUUGAUCGGCUCGGCAACAGGCUUGGCGGCAUACACGAGCGCAUGAAGUCCCAUCUCGGUGAUCUUCUGCGCCCUGCCAUCAACGAGGCUGGACCAGACGGCUCAGCCGCAGCCUUCAAUGAUGGUAGCGAACAAUUCGUUGGGGGAGACUUUGCCGAAGAACUGGGCGAAGACUUCUUUGGCUUCAAGGAGCUGGGACUUGCUGGAGAGAUGGGCGGCAUGCUAUCGGUUCCCCUGCAUCUCCUCCAGUCGAGGGUCCGCAGUCAGUUUCAAGCUCAGAAUCCUAGUGUUGAAGGGCCAACCGACGUGGUGCUAUUCGACGACCUCCCGGCUCCGGAGCCUGUUACCAAAGAGAACAUCCAAGGACAGAUUGGUCUCGUCAAAAACUUCUUCCUCGCGAAACUGCACGCUAAUGGCGACUCACCGUUGGUGGAAGAUAAAGAUCUGCCUGUGAAGCAGCGACGACCUCAACCACGACUUGGCGCUACAGGCAAGAUCGUGUCUCCGCAGAAACGGCCACCCAAGGAACAAAAUGCGAUCAACAAGCGGAAAAAGAAACUAGAGGCCCAGGCAGCCGAGGCCAAGAAAGCCAACAACGAUGCUGACAAGACUGGACCGAAGAAGACGAAGAACCCAUCGGGGCCAAAUGGAUCCGGACCGACGAAUGUGCCGUCACUGGCAGUGCCUCCACAUACCAUGGAACGGAUCGAAAGCAUACAAAGCCAGGGUGGCAAUAGUCAGACAGACAAAGACGAUAUCGGGAUGAUGAGCCCGGAGAGUAUUGAACGCUAG